AUGCCUGGCACUUCAGAUCCUCGAAUCAAGGUCAACCCCCUUAUGCCUCCGGCAAAGCAGGAACGCAUCCAUGUCUGGCGAACCGAAGUCGCUUCCGCUCUUCACCUCCCCACGGCCCCAUCUCUAUCAUCCUCUCUAUCUUCAUCAUCCGCUACGACACCUGAUCCCGACCCGGAUACUUCUUUCGCGACACCCCCAUCACCAGCCGGUUCAAGACCACGAAGUUUGUGGAAGCGCCUCAGCUGGCGCUUCGGACCUAAGAGACGAGCUGCCAACAUGGCUGCAGCCGCUGCCGAACUACCUCCCGAUGGCCGAACGGCUAUGUACCGUGGGCUCGAGACCAGGGAGCCUAGGGGCGAUGACGUGAUGGACGAAGAGGGCGGCAUACUCGAGAGGGAUAGCGAACAAGGAAAUGGCUUGAGAGAGAAGCAAGAAAGGCUGGCACGGGCAGCACAGUUACUCAACCGUCGCGCUGGGGAACGGUAA